AUGGGAGCAUUGCCCGAAAAGUGUGACGAUCCGGGCCCAUGCAUGGUCACUUACACCAUAAAUGGAGUUCAAUUUCUAGAUUGUAUGUGUGACCUUGGUGCAUGUGUUAGCAUUAUGCCCCUCUCCAUCUACAAGGUAUUGAGGCUACCACCAUUGAAGAGAUCGACGGCAAGAUUUGUUCUAGCGGACAAAAGCAUAAUAACUGUGAUGGGUGUUGCGAAAGAUGUGUUGGUAAAUAUAAAAGAGUUGGUGUUUCCAAUUGAUUUCUAUGUUCUUGAGAUGCCAUCAACCGAGUCUGAGAGGGCAUCAUCCAUUCUACUUGGGAGACCAUUUUUGAGGACCUCUAGAUUCAAGUUAGAUGCCUACUCGGGAACCUACUCAUUUGAAAUAGAUGGGAGAGUCGUGAGUUUUAGCCUAAAAGAAGCAAUGAAACAUUCACCGGAGAAUCAUUCUCUAUUCCAGUGUGACCCAAUUAACAACAUUAUUGCCGAAGUGCACUUUGCAAAGUUGGAUGAGAAGUACAUGAUUGAAGACACAAAUGAAAAUCCAAGUGAAGCAAACACAUUACACCAUUCGGACCAUCCGGAAAUUCAAACUCCAAAUCAAGACCAAAAGGUAGAAUUGAAGCCACUACCACCCCACCUAAAGUACUCAUAUCUUGAUAAAGCCCACAAGCUCCCCAUGAUCAUUGCAACGGAGCUAAACCCUCAAUAA